AUGAAGUUCACAGUCACCCUCAGCGCCAUCGCUCUUCUCGCCGGCAGCGCCCUCGCCAGCCCAACCCCAACAACCCCCAUCAUCACCCCCCUCCCAACCCCGACCCCCCCCUCCUCCUGCAAAACCUACACAACAACAACCUCCUACGCCCACGAAAUGUGUCCCAUGUACUGCGUCACCCCUGACAGCCCCAUCUGCCCAAAAUACCCCUGUCCCGCCAUCCCCACGGGGGCCUGCCCGUCGGGACAGACUAUCACACGGCUGCCGCAGUUGCCGGCUACGACUAUUGUGGGCACGGUUACGGGGACGCCGACGGCUGCUGGGGAGGCGGUGUGUACGGUUACGGUGGAGGCUCAGGUUGGGUGUGCUGUUUGUGGGUGUUUGGGAUGUGAGGUUUGUGCUAAGAAGACGGGGGCUUGA